CGCGGGUGGUGGAGCGUCCCGCGGACUGCGCACCAGACUGCCGCGGUGGUGCAGGCGAUCGAGGGGCGACCCGUGACCGCAGAGAGUGAUCUGCGGGCUUAUAUCUCAGGGACGGAGGCUGCGGACUAGACUGGCGUCGUCCAGAGGUCAGGAAGUCGCAGAUCUCUCCCGGACAUAGACCGGCUCACUCCCUCACCUGCUUCUUUGGCGUCGGAUGUCUCAGCCCAGCCCAGGUCCUACGCCGCGCCCAGACUUCGGGGCUCCGGGGCGCUGUGGCCUUCUCCCGGGUUCUUCAUCCAGGAUGACCUCAGUAAUUAAAUCAGAGACUAUAGAAGUGCUAGAAGAGGAACCAGUGACAUCUAAGACUCACGAUCAUCACGUGGAAUCGGAUCCCAUCUCUGUGGAAGUGUAUAGUAAAUCACCUGCCUCUCUGGAGAUGACUCAAGGCGUUUCAAAGGAAAGAAUUUACCUUGGCUCUAGCCCUAAAGUGGGAGGAAGUUGUGAUCUCAACCACCAGGAUGGACUUCAGUCCAGGUCCCUUCAUUUGUCCCCCCAAGAACAAUCUCCCGAUCAUCAAGACAAGAGUCAAUCUUGGAGGCGAGCAAGUAUGAAAGAAAUGAACCGGCGGAAGUCACUGCCUCCCUUUCAUCAGGGCAUCACAGAGCUCAGCAGAUCUAUCAGUGUCAACUUAACAGAAAGCAAACGGCUUGGUGCUCUCCUGCUUUCCAGUUUCCAGUUCUCAGUUCAGAAACUUGAACCUUUCCUAAAGGACACUGAAGGCUUCAGUCUUGAAAAUUUUAGAGCCAAAGCAUCUUCCCUUUCUGAAGAAUUGAAACAUUUUGCAGAGAGCCUGGAAAGUAAUGGAACUUUACAGAAAUGUUUUGAAGAUUCACAAGGAAAAGCAUCAGAUUUGUCUCUGGAAACAUCAGUUGCUGAGAUGAAGGAAUACAUAACAAAAUUUUCUUUAGAACGUCAGUCUUGGGAGCAGCUCUUGCAGCAAUACCAGAAGGAGGCUGAAGAGACCAUAUCCAGAGAAUCAGCUGAAACCAAAGUUACCAAAGUUGAAGUGGAACCUAUAACAUAUCUUGGGUCUUCCCAGAGUGAAAUCCUUCACACAAAGCCUGACUACCAGAAGAUAGUGCAGAACCAGAACAAAGUCUUUGAUUAUAUGGAGUUGAUGAUGGACGAACUGCAAGGAUCAGUGAAGCAGCUGCAAGCUUUUAUGGAUGAAAGUACCCAGUGUCUCCAGAAGGUGUCAGUACAGCUCGGGAAGAGAAGCACACAACAAUUAGAUCCCUCACCAGCUCGAAAACUGCUCAAGCUUCAGCUACGGAACCCACCUGCCACACAUUGCUCUAGAUCUUGUCAGUGACUUCAUGCAGCUUGCCUGUCAUAAGGUGCUCCAGAGGAGACAAAUGAGAACAGUGCCCCAGCACAUGGCGACUGCAUGGCAGUCUGAGCUGGUGACAGCUGCCCUACUGCCUUUGAGGAUAACUGGCUGAAUGUAGAGUACUUUGGUUUUUUUCUAAAAGUGACAGAACUUCUGCAUCUGAAAGAGUAGUAUAGUUAACUUUUUCCAAGAAUGUGCGAAAUGCUUGCAACUUCUGUUGUGAAAUGAUCUUGAGAACUAGUGGUCCAUUCUUUUAAACAUCCUUCAUAGUCAGUAAACUUCAUUUUGAGAAGGUGUUUUUUAGGUUUUGAAACAAUCCAAAGUCAUUCAGGACCAAAUCCAGGGAAACAUUGUAGGUAGGGGUCAAGUGGGAUUCUGGUAGGAAAGGAAUGGGACUGAUUUUCUGGCAUGGCCCUGAAGGUAAUUUCAGGUAGUUAAGUUUUGAGCGUUGUUUGUAUCAUGUGGUUACGUGUAUCAUUUCACAUGAUGUCCAGAUUGAAGGAAAUACCACUUAUUCUCUGUCCUGUUGUCUAGCGUCCUUUAGCUGUUAAUACUGAGUUGACAUCCUAAAUCCCGGAUUCGUGGCAGGAAGAGGCUAAGUACUAUUUUUCAUUGUUCUCUAUUUUUAAUAAUUUGCAUUAUAAAAUUGCUCAUUAUUAAAAGCUGUCUUUUGUCUUUGUGUA